AAAUAAAGUCGUGUAAAUAUAUUUAUAAUAUUAUUUUAUUAGAAUUUAACAUGAGUGCCAAAAAGACUAGCUGUAUUCAAAGAAGCGACCCCGGGAAAGUUGUAGACUUAAUUAUAAGUUUGAAAGACGACGCUUGUUCUGAACUGCAAACUAAAAUAAAUACUUACCUCAGCGAUGAAUGCGACGCGGAGCUGGUGUUCUCAGUGGUAGUAAACGGCGAGCGCGCGGAAGCCUACAUUGAAGCAGUUGGCAAAAAAGCUCUAGAGAAGAAAUAUAAACUUUUGGAUUGUCAUAAAUUCAUAAAAAAUAUUAAAAAAUCGUAUCAACAGUCGAUGUUAUUCAGUGAUUUCUAUGACGACGUUCAAAAAAUUGUUUCUCCUUACCUGAAAGACAGCGGCAAGAAGCACGUCACAAUGGUCCCGGUGGCAGGCAAACCGUUCGCCCUUGUUGUGUGCCUGGUCUCGCCGAAGGUACAAGAAGAACAUGUUGUCAACUACGUCUACGAGUGCUUUCUGCUAUGCUGGCCAACUGUAAAGAAGACUAUUAUUCUAGAACAUGAAAAGUCCGUGAAACAUAAGUGCCAGCAGCUGCUACGGGUCGCGAAACGUUUAUUCACUCAAGUGGCGUCACUGGACUCGCUGGUGAGACUGGCCACCGACCAGGGUAAGCGCGUGGUGGACGCGGAGUUCUGCGCGCUGAUGAUCGUCGACCUGGACCGUAUGGAGCUCGUUGAGACCUGCUACACCAAGGGUACAGACGAAACGUCCGAAAGACGCUUUCCAAUGGACAGCGGGAUCGCAGGGCAAGUGAUCCAAACCGGCAUCAUCGUGAACACGAGAAAUGCUGCACAACACCCAGCUUAUGACCCCAAUGUCGACAGUCGCCCGGGCAUCGACAUAAAAAACAGUCUGACCUUCCCGAUUCGUGAGCAGCAAGGGAUCAUAGGUGUCGGUCUGCUGAUCAACAAGAUAGGCGACCCGUACUUCGACGCCAUGGACGAGGAGAUGGCACUUUCGUUCAGCGUGUACUGCGGCGUCUGCAUCAUUCACUCACUGGUGUACAAGAAGAUACAUGAGGCGAGCAUCAGGAACAUCCGGGGUCAUGAACUGAACAUGUACCAUAUUGAGGUGAACGACGCAGAAAUGUCAAAAGUGCUGGAAUGCAAGGGAUUCCACAACAUUCCUGGGUUGUCGACGCUGCACUUCAACACGCGAGGUCUGCCUCAGAGAGAGCUUCCCUGUUUGGUCGUGAAGAUGUUCAGUGAUUUGGGAUUUAUACGAAAGUUCAACUUGAAGCAAUCAAAGCUAGUCCGGUUCGUGCUUCAAGUAAGAAAGAGUUACCGAGAUGUGCCGUACCACAACUGGUACCAUGCCGUCAGUGUGGCUCAGUGGGGUUACGCCGCGCUGAUGAACUUUCAGUUGGUGAAGCGUGGAUACUUCAACGAUCUUCAAGCAUUGAUGUACCUGAUUGCGUGCCUAGUCCAUGAUCUGGACCACCGCGGAACUGCUAGUAGUUUUCAAAUUAACGGAGAAACUGCCCUAGCUGCCCUGUAUUCGAGCGAGGGUAGUGUGAUGGAGAGACACCACCUCGGGCAGGCUGUGAGCAUCCUCAACACGGAGGGCAGCGACAUCCUCGAGCCUCUGCCGAGGCGCGAUUACGACCACGCGCUGCUGCUACUGCGCGAUUUCGUGCUGGCCACCGACCUGAACAACUAUUACAAAAAACUAAACGAAUACAAGAUGAUAGCUAGUGACUACCUCAUCGGCAAUCAAAUUCACAUCGCCGCUCUGCAGGCGUUGCUGAUGAACGCGGCGGAUUUCAGCGACCAGAUAAAAGACUGGAGCUCCGUUAAGAAGACUGCUUCGGAGGUGUUAACAGAGUUCUUUAAUCAAGACGAAUCUGAAAACGACCGUGAAGAUGCGCCAAUUUUCGUGGACCCAAAAAACAAGACCGUCAUUCCUGAACUAGAGAUAAAGUUUAUCACUGACACUGUUAUUCCGAUUUAUGAAAUGCUUGGACAAAUAUUUCCCGUCAUAGCGAGCGCUACACAAAUUCUCGAAAGCCACUUGGUGCUCUGGGAUGGAUCGAAAGAUGUCUUCAUUGAGGUGUCGCCAAUUGUUGCGGGUAUAUCAGUUCUGUUAAGUCCGGAACUCGACGGCCUGAUCGAAGCAGCGUUGAACGAGCGCGAGCGAUUGCGGCUCGAAGCGGAAGCGUUGGCGGCCGAGGAGGCGGCGGCGGCGGCGGCCGCGGCGGCAGCCGCCGCGGCUGAGGAGGACUAGUGGUCAUGACGGAAACAUGUGCUAUCCAU